AUGAACGCCACCCUGCCGUUCCCAAACGCUACCGAAGCCGGUCCCCUGGGUCCCCUGUACAGAGAUCUGAUCCAUGAGGUCAUGGUUUCCAUCCCGGCCCUCUCCACAGUAGGAGACCUGGUGGUUGACAUGGCAACGCUGCAGACCAGUAACGUCACCAACGUGACGUACGUGCUGAUGUGCUGCACGUAUGACGUCUUCACCCUGCUGACGGACGGCAGGGUGCUGGUGACGUCACAGCUGGACUUCAACAUACAGUACUCUAUCCCCGUGGCUGAGCUGGAUUCUUUCGGCGCCAUCUUGACUGCUUACGUCAUCCACGUGAACCUGACCAGUGACGUCAGUCUGUACAAGGACCCGGAUGGACUCUGCAACACAACAUCGUUCUACGUCACUCUCGAGGAGAGCUCAGAUAUUGUCUUCGCGGACCUGGCCAGCCUGACGAACCAGUCGUUCUCCGGAGUGCAGUUCUCCCUGGUGCCGGGAGGGGACGCUGACAGGUUCUCCAUCGACCCUUCCAGCGGAGUCAUCACCCCCAACAGUCCACUGGAUAGGGAGGAGAGAGACAAUCUGGUCUUCAGGGUCGCCAUGGCUACCAGGUAUGACGUGACCUUCGGCACCGUGACCGUGACCGUGACGGACAUAAACGACAACGCCCCGACCAUCGUGGAGACUUGGAGCAGCGAAUACAUCCUGCAGUCCACCCCCAUCAACUCCAUAGUUGGACUGGUCCGAGGCGAGGACCCGGAUGCGGGGGAGAACGCGACCUUGACCUACACCAUCGUGACGGAGGCUGAGGAAGACUUUUCUGAGCUGUUCUUCAUCAACAACGUCACGGGCGUCAUCACGGUCAUCAGCAACUUCAAGGUCAUCAGGGAACACAUCCCUCUCAAGAUCAAGGUUCUGGACAACGGCGAGCCGCCCCGAGCUGCGGAAACAACCGUGGAACUGUCUCUCCUGUCUAAUGACGCGGUCGGAAACCUGACGAGACUGGAGCUCACCGUCCCAGAGGACGUCCCGAUCGGAACUGCUCUUGUGAACGCCACGGUCCCAGCCAGUGCGGGGGACGGAACCAUCGUCUACACUUACGCCAUGCAGGACCCGUCCGGCAUCAACGAGAAGUACUUCCACGUCCACAAUGAAACCGGUGAGAUCACAGUUAUCUCAGAACUGGACCGGGAGACGGAACCUUCUCACCAGUUCUUUGUGGAGCCCAACGCUGAGUCCGGCUGUGACAGGCAGCCUCUGAUCUUGGUGGACAUCACCCUGGAAGAUAUCAACGACAACGACCCGGUCUUUAAACACGGGAUCCUACAGGGGACUGUCCGGGAGAACACGCCGAUAGGAGAACCUGUGAUAGUGAUCCCAGAACUGGCUGUUACUGACAGGGACUUUGGCAUCCACGGUAGCGUCGACAUCCGCAUUACUGGUUUAGGCGCAAGUAAUUUUGCUGUGAAUGCCACUGCUGGACAGAUCUAUACUACCGGUACUUUAGACUACGAAACAGCGCAGAGCUACAGUCUGACCGUAGAGGCAAGGGAUAUGGACGGAACGUUCGGUUUCAGAAGUGCCACAGCGCGGUUAACUAUUGAACUGCAAGACGAGAACGACAACUAUCCGCAGUUCAGUCAGGAAGACUUUCAUUUCUUCAUCCCUGAAAAUUCCAAUGACAGCGCGCUUGUUGGAACAGUGCUGGCCACAGACCGAGACUCUGCACACAACGGUAAGAUGGCACAGGAUCGGGGUUCUCCGUCCCUUUCCACUUUUACCAACGUCAACGUCACGGUCACUGACGUCAACGAUAACGCCCCUUCCUUCGAUGACGACACGCUGCGUCACGCCGUCACCAGAGAGCCCAUCCGAACCGAGGAGAACCUGCCGAACGGGACUCACCUGUUGACGCUGUGCGUGACGGACCCUGACGCCGGCGUGAGCGGGGCGGUUCACCUGGAUGUCGACACGGGCGGGUUCUCUGCAGUGAUGCUGGACGACUCCACCCAACACUGGGCCAUUGUGAGUAGGGGGGUGCUGGACCGGGAGGAGAGGGAGACUCAUGAGCUCGGCAUUACUGCUACAGACAUGGGAACACCUGCCUUAUCCACCAGCAUCACCAUAGUGCUGGUAGUCGAUGACGUCAAUGACGUGGCUCCGACGUUCCUGGAACCUCCUGACGAAGUCACCUUGCUGCGUAGAUCUCAUCCGGGUACCCUGGUCGCCAUAUUUGCUGUCGAGGACCCGGAUGUCAACGGCGCCAUAGAAUACAGCAUUGCUCAGGAUCGUCCUAAGCUGUUCGAUAUCGACGAUAGAGGAGUUGUCUCCGUAAAAAGAAGUCUUCCCGAUCCCCACGUCACAGAUACAGUGAACAUGAAUGUGACCAUCGAGGUGACGGACGGGCUCCACCUCACCAACACGACACUCCAGGUACACGUAGAGGACGGCUCCUCUCUGUCCAGUCUGGAGUUUCAGCGGGAAAAUUACCACUUCGACGUCGUCGAAAACUCGGCACUGGGGACAGUCAUCGGGACAGUUAAUGUGUCAAGCGACGAGCCGGUCCAGUACAGUCUUCAGUCGCCGCAGCAAGACUUUACAAUCGACAGCAGUACAGGUACGAUUAGGACACAUCGUCAGCUCGAUAGGGAGGAGGACGCCAAUCACGAUUUCAUCGUCGUAGCGACUGAGUCGGUUGUUUGGUUCGGGUUUCCCAGAAAGGCGUACGCAGUGGUUUCGGUCCGAGUUCUAGACGUGAAUGACAACGCGCCAGAGUUCGGCAGGGAAGCCUACACUGCGCAUGUCUCAGAGGAUGCGUCUGGUGGUGACGUCAUCCUCACGCCCUCCGCAUCUGAUCCUGAUGAUGGAGAGAACGCCGACAUUGUCUAUAGUAAAGCUGAGGGAGACGACACGUUCACAGUGGACCCGGAGACCGGAGCGGUCCGAGUGAACGCUACUCUAGACAGGGAAACGGCCGACAGGCAUCUUGUUGUCGUGCAGGCCACGGACGGAGGAAAUCUGUCCUCCACUGUGACAGUCACCAUCCACGUCGGCGAUGUGAACGACAACACUCCGGACUUCACACAGGAUCACUACAACAUCAGCGUGCCGGAAAACAACGACGAUAAACGGGUUCUAUCAACUGUUGCUACGGACGACGACAUUGGGCUGAAUGGUCGAGUUCGGUACUCCCUGGUCGGCGCAGAUAACUUCACCAUAGGAGAACUGACAGGAGAAAUCUCGGCAACUUUCACGUUUGAUCGCGAGUCCGUCUCCUCCUACAACUUCACGGUCCUGGCGGUGGAUGGAGGCGACCCUCCCCGCUCAUCAGCAGCAGAGGUCUCCGUCACGGUCACGGACGUGAACGACAACAGCCCGGCGUUCCUGCGCACGCCGUACCGGGAGAAGGUGGCGGAGGACACGUCGACGGGCACCAGUGUGUUCACCGUGACAGCAACGGAUGCAGACUCCGGAGACAACGGAGCUGUGUCAUACAUUAGGAGGCCAGACGGCAUCUGUGGCGACCUGUUCCUGGUGGACAGCACCACCGGCGUCAUGAGGACCCGGCAGUCUCUUCAAAGCAUCAACCAGACUGAGCGGGAAUACUGCGUUGCCAUAGUGACGGCGUACGAUCACGGACCGGAGCAGAAACGCACGUCCGUAAAGGUUGUGUUCAACAUCACGGAUGCCAACCGCCACGACCCGGUGUUUGAGAGCACCAGACUGAGCCGCACCGUUGAUGAGACCUGGAACGUCUGGCGGGAAGAGAUGUUCACGGUCACGGCCACGGACGAGGACAGGGGAGUGAACGGGGAGGUGUCCUACAGGAUCCUGGAGGACUACGGUAAGGGCUAG